AUGGGCAAAGCUCUUACUAAGGUCAUCUACAAGCCUGAUCCUAAUGCAGGCGAGACAUUCACAGUGAUCGUCAACCCCGCUGAGUUUAAGAAGUGGAAGGAGGGUGGUGACACGAUCCCAUUAGUGGAGGUCGUUGACUCUUUCGAAAUCCUCUCGUCAUCUCACGGCGCACAGGGCAUCCUCGGAAAGCCCUCGAAACAAGACCUCGACAACGUCUUCGGCACACAUGUCGACACCGAAGUCAUCACCCAGAUCCUCCAGAAGGGCAAGGAGGAGGCUUCCGAGGCGAUU